UUGAGAAAAAAAAAUAAAGAAGCGGAGCAGAGGGAGGUGUGGAUACAGAAGAGUUGAGGGUCUAAUUUCAAUUUUAUGUAUUUCUGUAAUUUAUUUAAAUAGCAAGUCGUCCCCAAAUUUAAUGGUAAUUUAGUCCUCCUUUACCUUAGAUUUGCAGUGCACUUUAAAUGGGCGAUAAUGAUGAUUAUUAUGAUGGUGACGGGAGAAUGGAUUCCCUGGGAGCGACACCUGAAGUCAUCUAUAAUUGGGUUGACAUAACAUCAGACUUCUUCAGUCAUAUUCAAGACCUUCAACUUGGAGAGUUACUUCAUGAUGGGCACUUGUUUGGCCUCUUCGAGGCCAUGUCGGCCAUUGAGAUGAUGGACCCCAAAAUGGAUGCCGGGAUGCUGUGCAACCGAGGCAAUCCUAAACCAUUGAACUUCCAGCAAGCAGUUGCUGCUGGAAAGUUGAAAAUAGAUGAUCUAGAACCAUCCGAGCUAAUAGGCAUCAUUGAUGCCACAAUGGCUUGCAUUGUCUCGUGGUUGGAAGGGCAUUCCCUCGCUCAGACAGUGUUCACCAACCUCUAUCUACAUCAACCUCAUUCUAUCAACAACAAGACUUUGAAAGCAUAUUGCAUUGCUGUCUACAAACUGCUGGAUUGCAUCAGGGAUUGUAUUAACAAGGCCCAAGUGUUUGAAGAGGAAGACUUCCAACCCAUGGGUUAUGGUUAUCGUCUGGGUUCGAACCCACAGUCAGGCAACACAUAUGACGCUCGUCUUGAAGUCAGUGAGCAGAAGUGUGUGCUGAUGCUUAGGGAGCAAGAGGAGGAACUUAAUAAGAAGGCUCGGAGUUCUGAUGACGAGGACAAUCUAUGGGCAGCCUUACAAGCCCGCAUCAGAUUCACCAGGAUGUUUUUCCAAGCUCUGCUGAUGAUCACAAAGAGGGACUCGCAGUCCGGAGCCGAUUGCGUCGCUCUGCUCAACGGCUGCUCGGAGAUGAUGAAGGUCAUUAUCAAGACCUCGGGGAAAGGAACACAGCCUGUGGAGAAUUCCGACUCCCCAAACCCGAUGGGGUUCGAGCCGAUGAUCAACCAGCGCCUGUUACCGCCCACGUUCCCUCGCUACACGCGCAUCAAGCACCGGGCCGAGGCGCUGCACUACUUCGACGAGCUGGUCGCUAGGCUGAGGCAUGCGUGGAAGAUCACCUCUUGCACCAACUUCCAUACCGCGCUGGACUUCUUCAUGGAGUUCAGCCGUCAGCGUGCUUGCAUCUUGUCUCGCUCAGCUCUGCAGUUGCUGUACCUCAGCCCGUCGCCCGCCAACACGGCGGCGAUGGCUCAGAGCGCUAUGAACGGGCCCGCUGGCCAGCCGAGGCCGCAUCAUCCCUUUGUGGAAAUACUCAGGGAAUCGGUUAAGAAUUUCGUCAAUCCGCCAGCUUUGACCCCCAAAUCGCCUAUGGUUUCAACGCCGCAAGCUCGGGAGUUCGUGGAAAACUUCCUGGCUCGUUGCGUACGUCCGUUCGCGGUGCUGCUACAGGUGUGCGGACACAACCGCGCCAGACAGCGGGACAAGCUCGCGUUGUUGUUGGACGAGUUCGCUGCACUGCAAGAGGAGGCGGAGGGCGUGGAUGCGGUGGUGAGCGGCGCAGCAGGCACUGGUCCCCGCGCCUGCUUCGGCACGUGGCUGCUGUACCACGUGCUGCGCGUCAUGAUCGCGUACUUACUGUCCGGCCUCGAGCUAGAGCUCUACAGUGUGCACGAGUACCAUUAUAUCUUCUGGUACCUAUACGAGUUCCUAUACGGCUGGCUGGUAUCAGCGCUGGGCCGGGCUGAGAACUUGGCGGGCGACGCGGCUCGACGCGACGCCCGCGACUCGCGCAAGCAGCGCAAGAGCAAGAAGCGAGUGCGGCCAUACGCCAGGGAGGGACUGCUGUGCAACGUUAUGCAGAACAUGUGCGGAGGGUAUUAUAAGGCGCUGGUAGCGUUCAAGCUACAAGGCAAGAUCCGUCAGCCGCAGUCGGAGUUCGACAACGAGGCGGUGCGGUACAAGCACCGGUUCGCGCCGCUGUCCGUGCUCACGCCGCCGCAGGUGCACUACCACGAGUUCUGCGAGAUGACACAACCGCUGCAAUACGAGAACCCUGUAAUACUAUAUCUCGGUGGAUGCAAACACUUUCAGCAGGCUCGCUCUUUACUCGAAACCAUCACAACACCCGAUCAGGAAGUUCAAGAUCUGCUGAAGGUAGCCAAAACAAAUUUCGUAGUAUUAAAACUAUUAGCUGGAGGACACAAACGGGACUCAACGGUGCCACCAGAAUUCGACUUUUCAGUACAUAGACAUUUUCCCAUUAUUAAACUAGUGUAGUACAUUUCUACCAAAAGUUGACAAACUUCUUUUUAUGAACAAAGCAGCUAUUUGUUGUGGAGCUGUGUAGCUAGUCUUUUCAGUCAGUCUUUGAUUGACUGGUUCUAGAAUUUUCUACCAAUGAGAAGGAAUCUUUCUUCUCGACUAUAGCAGUUCAAAACUGCAUUGGAAAGAAGAGAAGAAUUUUUAUUUCUCAAAUUAAUAGCAUAAAUGUCUUCUGAGAAAACGGCACGAUGAUAAAAUAUUAUAGGUGUAACAUCUUCUUUAAAAUAAUACUUUAAAUAUCUCUAAUGUUCCAUCUAACUCCAGAGAAUUCUUAACUCCUAAGAUUCAAGUAUCAAGGUACUUCACUCUCUAGUUUAUGUAACAGAUUAUAAUUUAUCAAAGUACAGAUUAUACAAGGACUUCUAAAUGCAACAUUAUGUAAAUUAAAAUGUAUUGAUUUAUUAUAUUAUCGUGUGUAUAGACGGAAAUUUUAAAUAUAAAUGAUUUUUUAAAUGUGCAAUAAAAAUCAUUAAAAUAUC